ACAGCUUACGCCACUCGGCACGAGAAAGUAUCGGGAAACGAUCAAUUCCAAUGGGGGCAACCUUUCGCUACAAGACAACACACUCCACCACUCACUGUCUCCAAGAUAUUUCUCACUCUCCUUCUUCUUCUUCUUCUUCUUCUCAGUCGGUAGGGAUCAGUGAUUGUGUGCAUUUGAGAGAAAGUAAGACAGAGAGAGAGAGAGAAUAGCGGUAGGGCGAAAAUGGCGACCUCAUCCACCGGAGGGGUGGCGACGACGUUGUCACGCUGUUCUUCCAAUGCCAGACUGAUCGAUUUCACCUCCCGAAAUCGUAGCGUCAGGGUGUUGUUGUUGAGAAGAGCAAAUCCGUCAUUAUGCGUCAGGUGUGUCUCCAGUGAGCAGAAGGAGAGAGUACAGGAUCGGAUCGCCGAGAAAGAAGUUCUCGGCAAUCUGAGUUCUUUUGCUCCUGAUGCUGCAUCUAUUGCCUCAAGCAUCAAACACCAUGCCGAGUUCACACCAUUGUUUUCUUCUCAUAACUUUGAGCCCUCCAAGGCUUUCUUUGCCACAGCGCAAAGUGUGCGUGAUGCACUUAUUAUUAAUUGGAACACAACAUAUGAUCUUUAUGAAAAGAUGAAUGCAAAGCAGGCCUAUUAUUUGUCUAUGGAAUUUUUACAGGGUAGAGCGUUGUUAAAUGCAAUUGGUAAUUUGGAGCUCACUGGUGAAUAUGCAGAGGCUCUGGAAAAGCUUGGCCACACUCUAGAAACUGUAGCUUCUCAGGAGUCAGAUGCCGCACUUGGAAAUGGGGGUUUGGGCCGUCUUGCUUCCUGUUUUCUGGACUCUUUGGCUACCUUAAACUACCCCGCAUGGGGUUAUGGGCUUCGGUACAAGUAUGGCCUAUUUAAACAGCAAAUUACAAAGGAUGGUCAAGAGGAGGUUGCUGAAAAUUGGCUUGAAAUUGGCAAUCCCUGGGAAAUUGUUAGAAAUGAUGUUUCUUAUCCUGUGAAAUUUUAUGGAAAAGUGGUGACGGGAUCAGAUGGGAAGAGUCGUUGGGUAGGUGGUGAAGAUAUUAUGGCUGUUGCAUAUGAUGUGCCAAUUCCAGGAUACAAGACGAAAACUACAAUCAAUCUUAGGUUGUGGUCCACAAAAGUACCUUCUAACCAAUUUGAUUUGUCUGCCUUCAAUGCUGGAGAACACGCGAAAGCUUGUGAGGCCCAAGCAAAUGCUGAAAAAAUUUGUUAUAUACUUUACCCUGGAGAUGAAUCAGAGGAGGGAAAAGUUCUUCGACUGAAGCAACAAUACACACUAUGCUCCGCAUCUCUCCAAGACAUUAUUGCUAGGUUUGAGAGAAGAUCUGGUGGAAAUGUGAGAUGGGAAGAGUUCCCUGAUAAAGUUGCUAUUCAGAUGAAUGACACCCACCCAACGCUAUGCAUACCAGAGCUAAUGAGAAUUUUGAUGGACUUGAAGGGCAUGAGUUGGGAGGAAGCUUGGCCUAUUACACAGAGGACUGUUGCAUAUACAAAUCACACUGUUUUGCCUGAGGCCCUGGAGAAAUGGAGUUUCGAUCUGAUGCAGAGACUACUUCCAAGACAUGUUGAGAUCAUAGAAAAGAUUGAUGAACAGUUAAUUCAAGAGAUAAUAUCAGAAUAUGGCACAUCAAAUCUUGAAAUGUUGGGAGAGAAGUUGGUCGCAAUGAGAAUUUUAGAAAAUUUUGAUCUGCCUGCUCCGAUUGCGGAUUUAUUUGCCAAACCAAAAGAAAGCCCUGUUGAUGAGACCGGUGAGAAAGUAGAAACUAAUGAUGUAGUUUCAAUUACCGAGAAAAAUGAACUUGAAGGAGAAUGCACAUCGGAGAACGAAGCAGUAAAGCAGAAAGCAGCUCCUAGACCUCCAAAAAUGGUCCGGAUGGCUAACCUUUGUGUUGUCGGGGGUCAUGCUGUGAAUGGCGUUGCUGAGAUCCACAGUGAAAUAGUUAAGAAAGAAGUCUUUAAUGAUUUUUUCCAGUUAUGGCCUAAUAAGUUUCAGAACAAAACAAAUGGGGUUACACCUAGAAGAUGGAUCUAUUUCUGCAAUACCGAUCUAAGUGCAGUAAUAACUAAGUGGAUAGGCACUAAGGACUGGGUCCUGAAAACUGAGAAAUUGGCAGAACUGCGGAAGUUUGCAGAUAACGAGGAUCUCCAAAUUGAGUGGAGGACUGCUAAAAGAAACAACAAAAUUAAGGUUGCAUCAUUCCUCAAAGAAAGAACUGGGUAUUCUGUUAAUCCUGAUGCAAUGUUUGACAUCCAGGUUAAACGUAUUCAUGAAUACAAGCGGCAGCUAUUAAAUAUCCUGGGAAUUGUUUAUCGCUAUAAGAAAAUGAAAGAAAUGACUGCAUCUGAAAGGAAAGCCAAGUUUGUUCCUCGAGUCUGUAUUUUUGGGGGAAAAGCAUUUGCUACAUAUGUGCAGGCCAAGAGAAUCGUAAAAUUUAUUACAGAUGUUGGGGCUACGAUAAAUCACGAUCCAGAUAUUGGUGAUUUGUUGAAGGUCAUAUUUGUUCCGGAUUACAAUGUCAGUACUGCUGAAUUGUUAAUCCCAGCGAGUGAGCUUUCACAGCAUAUCAGUACUGCUGGGAUGGAAGCCAGUGGAACCAGCAACAUGAAGUUUGCGAUGAAUGGUUGUCUCUUGAUUGGGACCUUGGAUGGUGCCAACGUGGAAAUUAGAGAGGAAGUAGGAGAGGACAAUUUUUUCCUUUUUGGUGCUCAAGCUCACGAGAUAGCAGCACUUAGAGAAGAAAGAGCUGCAGGCAAGUUUGUACCAGAUAAACGUUUUGAAGAAGUCAAAAAAUUUGUGAGGAGUGGUGCUUUCGGGCCUUACAACUAUGAUGAAUUGAUGGGAUCCUUGGAAGGGAAUGAGGGAUUUGGUCGAGCAGACUAUUUUCUCGUGGGCAAGGACUUCCCUAGUUACAUUGAAUGUCAAGAGAAGGUUGACGAAGCUUAUCGAGAUCAAAGGCGAUGGACUAAGAUGUCGAUACUGAAUACAGCAGGUUCCCACAAGUUCAGCAGCGACAGGACAAUUCACGAGUACGCCAAGGACAUAUGGAACAUUAACCCUUUCGAAAUAAUUUAGACAUCGACAUGCGAUGUCCGUGUGCAAGGCAGCCAACCAGCCAAUCCUCUUUCGUCCUAAGCUUUUGUAUAGGAAGUUAGUGAAGAUUAAUAAAUAUAUGAUGAGAAAAUCUGACAUAUUGUAUCAGUUAUACUGGAUCACUUCAAUUCCUUAUUCCUAGGUCUGUCGUAGACUUCGUGAAAAUGCUCCUGCUUGAGCUUGAAAUAAUACUGGCAACUUUUCUAAUA